AGUUAUCAGUGAAUAAAUACGCUGUCAGUCAACACACAGCUGCCAACUGCAUGAGCCGAUGGAGAGUUCACAUUGGCCAAAAUAAAAACAAACAGAUGAAGAGAUCUCAAUUUGCCUCCAUGACCGCUACCUCCAAGCUUCGCUAGGGGAGGGAGAGAGAGAGAGGGAUGAGAAGCCAUGCAUCCACCUGAUGAUGAUCAGCCUCUCCCUCUGCUUUGAUUUGCAAGGGUUUGCUGGGAUAUAAGGUGAAGCUAUCUGAGGCAAUUACUGCAAAAGAGACUGUGCAAGAAGCUGUGUGGUAGUGAAUGCAGGCAUCAUCACCCCACUUCACACUUUUUGGGACUUGAAGGGAAACUAUAGUGAGUCAAUUACUACAAAUAGGAUUGUGAAAGCAACUGACUUGUCGUCAAUCUAUGCCUCAUCAUCGUAACAACAGAGAGGGAAAGGAGGGAACUAUCAAGUAUGGAGUUUGCCACAGGGGCAAUAGGAACACUCCUUCCCAAGCUGGGCGAGCUAUUGAAGGAGGAGUAUGACUUGCAAAAGAGUGUGAAGGAAGGGAUCAAGUUCCUCAUGGCUGAGCUUGAGAGCAUGCAACCUGCCCUUAAGAAGGUCUCAAAUAUUCCGCUAGACCAGCUUGAUGAGCAAGUCAAGAUCUGGUCUAGGGAAGUUAGGGAGUUGUCCUAUAACAUCGAGGAUAUCAUCGAUACUUUCAUGUUGCAUGCUGAUGUAGUUGAGCCAACCAACAAACAUAACUUCACAUGGUUUAUCAAUAAGUGUCAUAGGUUAGCCCAAGUAAAGAUCCACCACAAAAUAGCAUGUGACAUCAAAGAUGUUAAGAGCCAAGUCAAGGAGGUGAUGGAGCGACGUGAUAGGUACAUGAUUGACAAUAUUGCCGCUAAGACUCCAACGGUUAUUGACCCUCGCAUAUUGUCAUUGUAUGAGAAGGCCACCAAUCUUGUUGGCAUUGACAAGGCAAGUAAUGAUAUAAUCAAGAGGUUGUUCGUGGAGGAUGAGGCAUCCAAGAUGCUCAAGAUGGUCUCUAUUGUUGGAUUCGGGGGAUUGGGCAAGACAACUCUUGCCAAAGCAGUGUUUGAUACGCUUAAAGUGCAAUUUGACUGUAUCGGUUUUGUUCCAGUCGGUCAGAACCCUGACAUCAAGAAAGUUCUCAAGGAUAUCCUGAUUGAACUUAACAAGCACAAGUACAAGGAACUCAAUGCAUCAGCACUAAGUGAAAAACAUCUCAUUGAUGAGCUCCGAGAAUAUCUUGACAACAAGAGAUACUUGAUUGUGAUUGAUGACAUAUGGGAGGCAUCAACAUGGAAAAUUAUUAAAUGUGCUUUGGCGGAUAGUAAUUGUGGAAGUAAAGUAAUUACAACAACUCGUAUUUCUCAAGUUGCCAAUGAAAUUGCUGAUGUUUAUAACAUGGCGCCGCUUUCUGAUGACAACUCAAAGAAGUUAUUCAACAACAGAAUAUUUGGUGCUAAUUAUAGAGAUCCAAGUGAUCAUGAAUUAGUUGCGGCAACCAAAAGGAUAUUAAAGAAAUGUGGUGGCGUACCACUGUCUAUAAUUACAAUAGCUAGUUUAUUGGUUGAUAAACCAGUGGAGGAUUGGUCCAAGGUGUACGACUCUAUUGGUUUUGGGCCUGAAGACCGUAAUGAAGUAGUACAAAACACAAGGAAGAUAUUAUCUUUCAGCUACUAUGAUUUGCCUUCAUAUCUAAAGACUUGUCUACUACACCUAAGUAUAUACCCAGAAGAUCAUCGUAUUGAGAAGGAGUCUUUGAUUUGGAAGUGGAUAGGUGAAGGCUUUGUCCAAGAGGAACAAGGGAAGGGGUUGUUUGAGGUCGGUGAGAGAUACUUCACUGAGCUUAUAAAUAAGAGCAUGAUCCAGCCAAUUGAACACCACCUUUACCUUGGCACUGUGGAUGGCUGCCAUGUCCAUGACAUGGUGCUGGACCUUAUCCGCCUCUUGGCAAUAGAAGAAAACUUUGUAAAAGUGUUGGAUAAAAUGCGCGAGGAGCACAACUCAUAUGCACAGAGCACAACUGUCCAUAGGGUAGCAUUGCACAAGAGUUGGAACCAAGAUAACAAGAAUAACCUAGCCACAAGCAUGGAGCAGCUGAGGUCAUUCAAUGCCAUAGAGUGCCCUAUUAUGGUGAUGCCUCCACUUGCGAACUUCCAGGUUUUGCGCGUGCUAGCGCUGGAAAACUGUGUUUUCACGAGAGGUUAUCAACUCAAGCAUCUUGGGAAGCUACUACAACUGAGGUACCUAGGACUAAGGCAUACACAUGUUGCCGAUCUCCCAAAGGAAAUAGGGAAUCUUGUGCACCUGCAGGUACUAGAUGUUAGACACACUGUCCUGAAGGUAUUGCCGGCGACCAUUCACAAGCUAAGGAAUCUAAUGCGCCUACGCAUUAAUGGGAACAAGACGAGAUUUCUGACCGGGCUUGGGAAGCUGACAUCCCUACAAGAGUUGUCGCUAGGAGCUGUAUCCGAAGACACCUGUCCAAACUUUUCCUUGGAACUAUGCAAACUGAUGGAUCUGAGGAUUCUCCAGAUUGAUUGGUACACAAAGACAGACAAGAACUCAUUGGAUGUUCUGAUGGAGUGUCUUCUGACCUUGUGCAGGAUCCAGAGCAUACAUAUCUCUUUUGCUAUCGAUUUCAGUGAGACCCCUGUGAUGACUGGCUGGGAAGGCUGGGAGCCCUCGCGACAGCUCCGCCUGCUGCACAUCACUGGCGUCCGGCUGCCUCGGCUGCCAGUGUGGGUGAACUCCAUGCGCAUCCCACACCUCUCCAUAUUGGACCUUAGAGUGGUGACCAUGGAACCUCGGGACCUAGACGUCCUUGCGAGGAUGCCGGAGCUCUGCUCCCUCCGUCUGGACAUCACGAGGAGGUUUCCAUGGACGGUCGUCGCCGGUGACGGAUUGUUCCCAAACCUGAGAUACUGCCGCAUGGACAUAGCGCUCACGUUUUUGCAGGGAGCAAUGCCGAUGCUCGUCAAAGUUGAACUGUACGUGUGGGUGGCCAGAGAUGAUGCUGCCAAUGAUGUUGGAUUGGGGAACCUCCCUCUGCUCAAUACCAUCCAUAUUUGGCUGCAAUGUGGGGGUGCGACGGCCAAGCAGGUGGAGGAAGCGGAAGCAGCAUGGAGGCGCGUCGCCCAUGCUCACCCCAAUCAUCCUGCCAUUCAUGUGAACCGAUUGGGAGAGUUACUGAUGAAAAAAGACAAAGAUGAUGGUGAUGAUGAAGAGGAGAUUUCAGGAACACACAAAGUUGACAGAAAUGAUGAUGAGCAGGAUAUUUCAACUGGGGAUCAAGAGUUCCAAUCUGACAAUGGUAGAGCCAAAGAGGAAGAGGAGGCUGCACAGCAAUCUUGAACGCGCAUGCAUGCACUCCUCCUUUCAUGCAAUCUUCUCUUAAUUUGUGAGACAUUCCUAUCGUCUUCGAAACAUUCUUCAAAUUUAAUAUCGCUAUACGCAAACUUCUCUUAAUUUCCGACUGUAAUGAAACAAGUUUCUUUGGUGGUAACCUAAUAUUUUGGUUGUGUACUGUAUGAAGACGAAGAAGAUCCACCUCUCCUCUGGUAGACUUGAGCGCCAACAGCACCAGCUGUUCGCCUGUUCGACAACAUUGGCUAGUUUUUCAUAAUAUUUUCUUUUGUCAUGUCUGGAGGAUUUGUAUGGUGUGUUUGCAAAUGGAUUGUACUAUGUGCUUCGAUGAGACAAAAAUGUUGAGCAAAUAAGCCAUUACAUAGGACAUACUCUCUCCAGUUUUUAAUCUUUGGCAUUGUUGAAUUUUGGAUA